AUGGUGAGCCAAAACGGACGUCUGUACGGUGGCGAGAACUGCACAACUGCACUUUCUGGAUGUGAUGACAACCACUGCGAGAACGGAGGAAUAUGCUCUCCUUUACUUGUCAACAAUCAGCACACCUAUACAUGCUUCUGCCUUGCAGGCUUCACGGGCCCUAAAUGUCAGACCCCCACCACCUUCUCAUUUGAGACCAGAGGCUACAUGUACAUAGAAACUCAGCUUCUCGACCCCGAGUCUCCUCUUAAUGUGACGUUCAGCUUCAGGACGGCCAGACCAGUCGGGACGCUCUGGCAGCACAGAGUGGACGACCUCCUCCUGAGGAUCGAGCUGACAGAUGGCCAUCUCUGUCUCCGCAGCCUCAGAGGUCAAAGCACCGUCAGUCUGGUUCAAGAGCUGCCAGAGGACUUUUCCGACAACAAGUGGCACACGAUUGAAGCAUCUCUGGGUGGUGGGAUCAGCCUCAUCAAGCUGCUCUGCACUGAAGGAACCUGCCCCAGAGACUACAAAUCCGAAACCCCGCUCCUGGAGCAAGCAACUGUUCUCCCUGACCCGGGCAGUGUUCGCCAAGGCCUCUUUAUAGGUGUAGUUGGGAGGAACUGGGGUUUGGGUGGAGUGGAGGAUGAAACAGAAGGCCCUCCAGCCUUUCUAGGCUGCUUCAGAGAUGUGUUUGUGGGUUCACAUCUGGUGUUGCCGGUUGUUGCGCCUGGAGAUUCAGAUGCCCAGGCAAACAUCACCGUGGGAUGCAGCGACAAAGACAAGUGUGAUGAAAGCCCGUGUCAGAAUCGAGGGCGCUGCUUGAGCAAGGGCUGGAGGAGCUACGUGUGCGAGUGUCACAGGCCAUAUGAAGGAAACAACUGUGCAGAAGAGUAUAUCACUGCAAGGUUUGGCAGCAAAGACCUGGAAAGUUUUGCCUCCUUCUCCUUGGACGAUGACCCAGGUGAUUCUGUAACUGUAUCCAUGUUCAUUCGCACCAGACAGAGCAGCGGCCUGCUCUUCAUCCUGGCAAACAGUACCAGCCAGUACCUCCGCCUGUGGCUGGAAGGAGGGAGAGUCAAAGUCCAGAUCAACAACUUUGAAGCCCUUCUUGGUCGAAGUUUAGUCAGCGACGGCCACUUCCAUCUGGUGACUGUGAGGUUGGAAAGAACGGAGGCCAUCUUGAUCCAGUCAGCUCAGAUGCAGGGCUCUAUUUCCAUACGGCCCAUCCAAGCACACCCUGGGGAUCUGGUUUUCGUAGGGGGGCUACCAGACUCGAGAGCUUCUGCUUCUUUUGGGGGCUACUUUAAGGGAUGCAUUCAGGAUCUGAGGAUUAACAGCAAACGUCUGCAGUUCUAUCCUAUUGAAACUCCCGUUGAAUCUUACAGACUGGAGCAACUCAUUAAUGUCGCCAAAGGCUGCAGCAGUGACAACGCAUGUGCUAUCAACCCAUGUCUAAACGGAGGAGUCUGCUACGCCAUGUGGGACGAUUUCACCUGUAACUGCCCCCCAAACACUGCAGGGCGACGCUGUGAGAAGGUGAAAUGGUGUGAGCUGUCACCCUGUCCCGCCACUGCUGUUUGUCAACAACGAUCCCAGGGCUUUGAGUGUUUGUCAAACGUGACAUUUCGGGCUGAAAGCAGCAUUUUGCACUACCGGAGCAAUGGUAAGGUAAAGCGCAGCCUCACCAGCAUCACCCUGAGCGUCCGUACAAGACAAAACACUGCAACCUUACUGCAUGCACAAAGAAAUUCAGACUACCUCACCAUCUCCAUCCUGGACUCUAAUGUUGUCAUGGAGCUCCAGGCUGACUCCUCCAGGGUCACAGUUCAAAGUCAAGGCCCCAUCAAUGAUGGAGAGUGGCACAGCGUGGAGCUCAGCAUGGAGAACCAGUGGCUUCCAGCCUCCAGGUGGGUCAUGGUUGUAGACGGAGACAGAGAAGAGAUGAGCGUGUCUAAAACAGCUGUGAGGAAUCUGAAUUUUCUCAAAGAGGGAGCCAGCAUCUUCCUGGGCGGACUGAACCUGGUGGCUGGAGUGAGCAUGUCAGGCUGUUUGGGUCCAGUUGAGAUUGGGGGGCUUCCUCUCCCGCUCCACCUGGACACAGAGUUGAACCUUCCCAGACCUCAGGAGGAGCAGUUUACCAGGGUUAACAGUGAUGUCUCUCCUCGAUAUGGCUGCUGGGGAUCUAAUGUAUGCUCUCCCAACCCAUGUACUAAUAAUGCUGUUUGUGAGGAUUUGUUCGACCUUCAUUACUGCAAAUGUUCCUCAGAGUGGAUGGGCUCGUGGUGCCAAGACACAACAAAUGCCUGCAUCUCCAGCCCCUGUAUCCACGGCAACUGCACCAACCUACAAGGAAGAAUAAAGUGUGUUUGUGAGCCGGGUUACGGUGGUGACCUGUGUGAAACGGAGGUCGAUAUGUGUGAGAACAGCAACUGUGGCGAAGGAGCCACAUGCAUCAAAGGCCUCCAGAGCUAUGCAUGCCUCUGCCCUCAGAACACGACUGGUCAAUACUGCGAUGAGAAAAUCCCUGAAAUCCCAUGGUACAUCGAGCCAAGUCCGCUUCCUCAGUUGCCUACAUCGACAUGUGCAGGAACAAGAUGGAACUACAGCUGCUAUCACGGAGGGAGCUGCGCUGAAACAGGCGAUACCUGUUACUGUCUACCUGGUUUCACAGGACUGUGGUGUGAGAGGGAUGUAGACGAAUGUGCCUCCGGGCCGUGCAUGAACGGUGGCUUCUGUAUCAACUACGUGAACAGCUUCGAGUGCGUGUGUGAGAUGAAUUACUCCGGGAUACACUGCCAAAUUGAUGUCAGCGACUUCUACUUGUACCUCUUCUUGGGUCUGUGGCAGAACCUCUUCCAGCUGGUGUCCUACCUCGUGUUACGCCUCGACGAUGAGCCUGAAAUCGAAUGGGCGUUUCAUGAGAAUGACUAA